AUGGCCCUCGUUUUGAGACCAGAGUUGGGGCGCCUCAAAAUGGGACCAGAGUUAGGGCGCCUCAAAAUGGGACCAGAGUUGGGGCGCCUCAAAAUGGGACCAGAGUUGGGGCGCCUCAAAAUGGGACCAGAGUUGGGGCGCCUCAAAAUGGGACCAGAGUUGGGGCGCCUCAAAAUGGGACCAGAUUUGGGGCGCCUCAAAAUGGGACCAGAGUUGGGGCGCCUCAAAAUGAGACCAGAGUUGGGGCGCCUCAAAAUGGGACCAGAGUUGGGGCGCCUCAAAAUGAGACCAGAGUUGGUGCGCCUCAAAAUGAGACCAGAGUUGGGGCGCCUCAAAAUGAGACCAGAGUUGGGGCGCCUCAAAAUGGGACCAGAGUUGGGGCGCCUCAAAAUGGGACCAGAGUUGGGGCGCCUCAAAAUGGGACCAGAGUUGGGGCGCCUCAAAAUGGGACCAGAGUUGGGGCGCCUCAAAAUGGGACCAGAGUUGGGGCGCCUCAAAAUGGGACCAGAUUUGGGGCGCCUCAAAAUGGGACCAGAGUUGGGGCGCCUCAAAAUGGGACCAGAGUUGGGGCGCCUCAAAAUGAGACCAGAGUUGGGGCGCCUCAAAAUGGGACCAGAGUUGGGGCGCCUCAAAAUGAGACCAGAGUUGGGGCGCCUCAAAAUGAGACCAGAGUUGGGGCGCCUCAAAAUGAGACCAGAGUUGGGGCGCCUCAAAAUGAGACCAGAGUUGGGGCGCCUCAAAAUGGGACCAGAGUUGGGGCGCCUCAAAAUGGGACCAGAGUUGGGGCGCCUCAAAAUGGGACCAGAGUUGGGGCGCCUUAAAAUGGGACCAGAGUUGGGGCGCCUCAAAAUGGGACCAGAGUUGGGGCGCCUCAAAAUGGGACCAGAGUUGGGGCGCCUCAAAAUGGGACCAGAGUUGGGGCGCCUUAAAAUGGGACCAGAGUUGGGGCGCCUCAAAAUGGGACCAGAGUUGGGGCGCCUCAAAAUGGGACCAGAGUUGGGGCGCCUCAAAAUGGGACCAGAGUUGGGGCGCCUCAAAAUGAGACCAGAGUUGGGGCGCCUCAAAAUGAGACCAGAGUUGGGGCGCCUCAAAAUGAGACCAGAGUUGGGGCGCCUCAAAAUGAGACCAGAGUUGGGGCGCCUCAAAAUGAGACCAGAGUUGGGGCGCCUCAAAAUGAGACCAGAGUUGGGGCGCCUCAAAAUGAGACCAGAGUUGGGGCGCCUCAAAAUGAGACCAGAGUUGGGGCGCCUCAAAAUGAGACCAGAGUUGGGGCGCCUCAAAAUGAGACCAGAGUUGGGGCGCCUCAAAAUGAGACCAGAGUUGGGGCGCCUUAAAAUGAGACCAGAGUUGGGGCGCCUCAGAAUGAGACCAGAGUUGGGGCGCCUCAAAAUGAGACCAGAGUUGGGGCGCCUCAAAAUGAGACCAGAGUUGGGGCGCCUCAAAAUGAGACCAGAGUUGGGGCGCCUCAAAAUGAGACCAGAGUUGGGGCGCCUCAAAAUGAGACCAGAGUUGGGCGCCUCAAAAGCCCCUCAGCUUUUGUACUCUUGCCACGUUUCAACUGAUUGGGAUUCACCAUCCCAUCCCGUUCCCAUCCACCCCUCCGCACAUGCAUGCACCCGGCUCACUCUCUUCCACAUGACAGGCCUCCUGCAGGCCUCCUGCAGGCCCUUGCUAUCUGCUAUGUUGCUGCAGGCUCAAGCUCGCAACUCGUCCCGUUCCCAUUCCCCCUCAUCGUAUCAUCCCUGCCUUGUUCUGCUCGUUUGA